AUGCCUCCGAUAUCCUCACAGCGCCGCGCCUUGACAGAAGAGAACUCGUCGCUCUCCGAUGACGAUGUCGGCUUCCUCUACCAAGUUGUCAGUCGCGCCGAGGGAAAGCCCGAGGUUGAGCGAUUACCAUUUCGAGCGCUUUUCGCAGCAUACGACGAGGUGAUCAGUGAACAUGGAGUCGACGCGGACCCAGGCCAUGCGUGCUUGCGAUUUCUCUUCAAAAUGGGGAGCAAGGAGGUGCAGGGACCCUCUCUCUUCGACAAAUUCGAGAGCGCGCUCCAGCAGAUGGGAAUCGUGAUUGAAUUCGGGGAGGAUGGCUCAACAGGCCUCAACGAAAUGACACAAAACGAGCAUUCGGUCGUCGAGGGCACGGUCAGCCAAACAGACGACGAGAACCUUUAUCCCAUGACCAAUGGAACCCCGAUUACACCCCGGAGGCGCGCGUCCUUCAAUACUACUCUCGACAUCGGGGAAGAUGCCACUGGGAAGAGCUUCGCCGAACGUCCAAGCUCGCGCGCAUCCAUGUCUCGACUUGAGACUGGAAAGCCGGAUUUCUCACAGCUGAAAUUAUCGCCGAAUCCGAAAGAUCAUGACCGACGGCCGAAAUCUCCGGACCGCACACAAUUGAUCGCGCAGUUUUUGGAUGUUGGUCGCCGAUUGAUAAGUCGAUUUGACUCUGUACAAAACCAGAAUAAGAGCGAGGGACAGGAUAAGCCUCCAUUGACGAAUGGCGUUGUUGCGCGCUCAGCUGUUCACCAUGACCGCUCAAAAAGGAUGGUUGCAGCCGCAAAAAGCCGUCGCUCGCCUUCAAUAAGCUCAUCGGACACAUUUGAGUCCGGUGAAUUACAGUCCGAAAUGUCGCAGGCGACAGGACAUGAUUCUAUUGGCAAAGAAAAUGUCCCGCCUGAGAUGCUCUACCGACCUCAGCUCUCAGACUUGCUUCGCGACGCGUCCACAUUCAAUAUGUAUCGACAACGAGCAAACUGCCGUCGGAUCUUGACGCAAUGGUUAAAACGAGCUUUUCAUGCGCGGCAGAUUCGAGAGACCCGGCAGAUUGUCGCUAUUAACCGUGACCGAAGCACACUGCUCCGACAGGCCUUUGAGCCAUGGCGAGCAGUGAUUCAAGACAAGCGCCAUACAGCUAGAACUGAGCGUUUCUUCAAGCAUCUAGACGAACGCGCCAGUCGUGCACGAGACCUGUAUCUGAUGACCAAAGCAUUCACUCAUUGGGCUCAACUUACAUCGGAGGAGGUCGCCCGCACGUCCGCAGCUCGAAGGCAUGUGUUGAGUGUCAAAUACUUCAAUGCUUGGCGGGAGAUCACUGCUGUCAACGAGUUGAAAGCUCAGCGGUUUGCUUUACAGCGACCAUUCAAUACGUGGCGCAAAAAAGCGGCUGAUUUGAAAACGGCGGAAAUUAAAGCCGUUACUGUUCACAAAGACAACCUACGGCAUGCCUCGUAUUGGCAGUGGUUCUGGGGCUUUUGCGAUCGACGUGCUCCCGAGUGGUACGAUAGUCAACUAAAGAGGCGGUCCUUACUUUACUGGCUUCGGAAUUUCCGUACUAAUCGCGAGCGUGAGCAAGAGAUUGUCCUCCACAACAGAAAAACGUCGCUAGCUAGAGUUCUUCAGGCAUGGUCUCAGAAGUCGAAGACAUUUGCUUCUGCACAACAAAAAGCUGCAGGGUCUGAGCGUUAUCAUGUUCUCAAAGAGACAUUCGACGAGUGGAAAAUCCAAGCCAAGCUAGCCCCUGCUGCUUCACAGGUGUCUGACAUGGUGGACGGCAGGAUCUUACGAACGACUCUCUCAAAAUGGAUUGGAAAAGCACGUCUGGCUGAGCAAGCAGUAGAGAUGGACCGAGUUAGGGUUGAACGGAAUGCCUGGGUAUCAUGGAAUGAUACGCUUCGAUGUUUGGCUCUCCAAGCGCGAAUUGAUGAGCGAUUGAAAAUGGAAACCAUGUACAAAUGGAUACUGAUGGAGAGGUUUCAAUUGAUGCGCCGAAUACGGGAGCAGCGCAUCAAGCGCGAAGUGUUUUCCCGGUUUGUGACGAACACUCGAGAUACAUACACCCAGUUGCUCUCCCAUGCGGAGGUACAUGAAGACCAUUGGGCUGAGGAGUUAGUUCGCUCCAAAUUUACCAUCUGGCGUGAUCAACUCUUGCUUCAGCGGGAGCGUGAAUAUACAGCCUUCGAAUUCUACGCUCCUCGCCUUGCACAAGAAUCCCUCAUGGCGUGGAGAUCCAAACAUCAGCAGAUUGAGAAGAUGGAGGGCUGGGCUCGUGAUGCUCAAUUUUACUUCCUCAUGAAACGAUCCUUGAAGAAUUGGCGUCAGGCCACGGUGGACUCUGCCAAACGACGGCGCAAGGAUGCCUAUUCGAAGAUGCGGCGAAAGGUCAAGGUCAAUAUGGCUUCCAAAGCCAUUACCAUGUGGGCCUCCAAAACUCAGGCGAUCACCAACAUGGAGCAACAAGCGGUAGAGCUUAACCGCCAGAAAACUAUGAGUGAUGUGGCCGAUAUCUUCAUGGACUGGCAUGGAAAGACUCUCAAAAGGGUGCAGGAUUACCAGGAGGCCGACUUGCACUAUUUCCGCCAGAUCGCGUUUGAUCAGUUGAUCCAACUCUCGGAGACCUAUGUGAUUCGGCGUGAGAUGGAAGACCAGGCCGACUCUGUGUACCGCAGACACGUUCUCUUCCACGCAGGUGCGUCCCUUCGCAAGCUCAGUCUCCGUAUCUUCCAAAUGAGAAGUACCGUCGAGACCGCCGAAGCGAUGCGGGAAAGAACCCUACGCAAGCAUUCCAGAAAUCUAUUCCGUCACUGGGUAGACAGUGCCCGCAUCAAGCUCGAAGCUCGUGAUUCUCCGGGACCUGCCUUGACAUCAACUCAAUACUCCAGGUUCGGAGAAGUUGAGCGGCCCGGGUCUGCCCUAUUUGACCCGUGGUAUCAGAACGCAUCCGAGACUCCCUUCAAGAUGACUGACUUCACUACAAAUUCCAUGGAGCCGGUCUCCGCAAGCCCACUGGCCACACCAAACUAUAUGACCUCGCCGUCCAAGCGAGCCGCUCGUGCCCGCGCCCUCGCACAGAUGUCCACGACCCCUGCCACACCCCUACAUACACCAUUCGCUAGUCGACUGCUCCGCGCUGAAGCUUCGGCCCCUCGAAAUGCAUCUUCUCGACGACCGCAACCCAGCCGUCGAAGUUUGACGGGGACCAGCGUCCGAUUUGUGGAUGAAGAACUCCCCGAAUCUCCCACCGAUGGCCGGAAGUCGGCGAAUCGACGACCCUAA